AUGGCUGACAACAAGGGAGCUGACGAAGUGACCAGUCUGGCUGUGGCGACCACCGACAAUGGAGGUGUUUCUGCUCUCACCCACGAUGCGGGGGGGUGGUGGAAUCUGAGUCGGGAGCAGCAGCUCCUGCUGGCCGUGAAACGUGUUUUGGUUUCUACACAGAACUAUGAUCAAAGGAUUGAAUUAAUCUGUCAAAAGCAAGAAGAGUUUGUGAAGAGUUCCAUAGAAUCCAAAUGGAAUCUAGCAGAAGCCCAGCAGAAACUUGGUAGUUUAGCACUGCAUAAUUCGGAAUCCAUGGAUCAGGAAUAUUCCAAAGCACAGACUGAAGCUUUAGAACUGAGACAAAGAGAAGAAGAAUGGAAGAGAAAAGAACCAGCCCUAAUAGAGAGGGAAAGACAGAAUCUAUGGAAUACAGAUUCUUUUAGUAAGGAGGUAUUUAAUAAGAGCUUUAUUAGUAAAUAUAAAAGAAAAGAAGAUGAAGAUGAAGAUAUAUCUAAAUCAUUUAUACAGAAGCAUGAACAAAAGAUUAGAUACUUUGGCAUGCUGGGCAGAUGGGAUGACAGUCAAAGAUUUUUGUCUGAUCACCCAUAUCUUGUAUGUGAAGAAACAGCUAAAUAUCUCAUCUUGUGGUGUUUUCAUCUAGAAGCUGAACAGAAAAGAGCUCUGAUGGAGCAAAUAGCACACCAAGCACUUGUGAUGCAGUUUAUUAUAGAAAUGGCCAGAAGUUGUAAUGUGGAUCCAAGAGGCUGUUUUCGUCUAUUCUUCCAAUAAGCCAAAGCAGGGGAAGAAGGCUAUUUGGAAGCUUUUAAAACUGAGCUUGAAGCAUUCAAAUCAAGAGUGAGAAUCUGUUCACAGUCACAAGGCUUUCAAGCCAUGUCAGUAGAGAAUUACAGUGUCUAUACUGGUAUUGUAGAAGGACUGGAGUCUUUGUCACAGAAUGCAAAUGAUCUACAAGGUUGCAUAAACAGAAGUGUCUGCAAUUUAAAUUCAAUGCUACAAAAAGAUGAAGAAGCCAAAAUGAUGGACACAGUAUAG